CAAACGCACGGGGCGCGCGAGCGCAACAGAGAGCAAGGGCGCUUCAAGAUCUCCGCGCUUCCGAUCCAACUACUCCUUCCUUCCGCGGACAAAGUCGUCUACGUUUUUCUCCCCUCUGUCUCUCUCUAUUUCUUUGCUUUCUCUUCUUCUUCUUCUUCCCCCAAUUUCCGUUCAGACAAAUCUCAUGAAAUCCUUCUCUCCGAUUCUCCCCCAUUUCCCUCCCCGCUUAAAACCCGAACCCUAAUUUUCCAAACCCUAAAUCAUCUCCCAGUAAAGAAAAAGACGCUUGAAUCCUAUUUAUACCCGUAGAUCCCAUCUAUAUUUCUUCCUGGAUCUCGAAUCCAUAGAGGAGUAAAUGGGAGAGAUGAGCGCGAAGGGCGGCUCGCCAGCGUUGCUGGCGACGGGGCGGCUGUUCACGCUGGGGUUGGUUGCGUCGUGGUAUUCGUCGAACAUCGGGGUUCUUCUUUUGAACAAAUACCUUCUGAGCAAUUACGGAUUCAAGUACCCGAUCUUCCUCACCAUGUGCCACAUGGCGUCCUGCUCGCUGCUCAGCUACGCCGCCAUCGCCUGGCUCAAGCUCGUCCCGAUGCAGACCGUGAGAUCCCGCGUCCAGUUCUUGAAGAUCUCGGCGCUCAGUCUUGUCUUCUGCGGCUCGGUUGUCAGCGGCAAUGUCUCCCUCCGCUAUCUCCCGGUUUCGUUCAAUCAGGCGGUCGGCGCCACCACGCCCUUCUUCACGGCGGUCUUCGCCUACAUUAUGACCGUCCGCCGGGAGGCCUGGAUCACUUACCUCACGCUUGUUCCGGUCGUCACCGGCGUCAUCAUCGCUAGCGGGGGAGAGCCAAGUUUUCAUUUGUUUGGGUUUAUUAUGUGCAUUGGUGCAACUGCUGCAAGGGCACUUAAGUCAGUGUUGCAAGGGAUUUUAUUAUCCUCCGAAGGGGAAAAGCUUAAUUCUAUGAAUCUCCUUCUGUAUAUGGCUCCGAUAGCAGUAGUUUUCCUGCUUCCAGCAACAAUUAUUAUGGAGGAAAAUGUGGUUGGCAUCUUAUUAGCACUUGCCAGAAAAGAUUUCAAAAUUAUUUGGUAUCUGCUGUUUAAUUCUGCCCUGGCAUAUUUUGUGAAUUUGACCAAUUUCUUGGUCACCAAACAUACCAGUCCCUUGACUCUCCAGGUUCUGGGAAAUGCCAAAGGGGCUGUUGCCGUGGUCGUCUCAAUUUUAAUAUUUAGGAACCCGGUAUCUCUGACAGGGAUGCUUGGUUAUACCCUCACAGUCAUUGGUGUCAUUCUUUACAGUGAAGCUAAGAAACGUAACAAAUGAGAAUCUCGGAGAGCAGCAGAGCAUGUUUCUUUUUUAUGGGUGGCAACAACUUCGUGAUGCCUGAGAUUGGUUUUCUUGGUUUUAUUAUUUCUUCAUGUGUUGCGCCCUAUAUUCUUUUUACAGAAACCGCACAAUGGUUUCUGUACGUCUCCAACAAUGACCAACUAGUGAGUGGGUAACAAGAUUCUCAAUAAAAACCACCAAUAUGCCUACAUUUUGUUACCAAGGGUCCAGGGGGUAUUCUCAACCCCCGUCUACAAUCUGGAGAAUUAACAGCCUAUAAAUUUUUUUUUUAAAGGAACUGGGAUCUGCUCCAUUGUUCUUGUUUAACUCCUUUUGAUUAAGUGACGAAAUAUGUGACAAUUUCGUUUUUAAUUUACAAAAGCUGUUGGCAUGAUGAUUUUGUUAUUUUAAGAAUGUGCUACUAAAUACCGCUGAGACAAUAUAUAAUAGAGAUGGAUGGGUUUUCUUA